CUCUGGCAAUCUUGCUCCAUUUAACAAUUUCCUGCUGGCCACUUAACCCAGGGUAAGUAAGUGUUUUCCAUGUCAGAAGUGUUGCCUGUCGAUGAUUUCCCAGGUAACCUAAAAUGGGAACCGCUGAAGCUUCAGGGGCAUCUGUUGGAUCAGCUACACCAAGAGACAAAAGGAUAUGUCUUUCUCGGAACAGCUUCCAGUUGUGUUAGGGUACUGAAGCGACGUCGUCAUCGAGGAUUUCAGCCACAAACAGAAAGGUUGACUCAUUUAUUCCAAUUUUCUUUAAACAUGUAGUCAGUGCUUUGGAUUUAUUUUUAUUUUUUACCAUAUUUGUUUCUUUUUUUGUUGCUUCCUGUGGUGGUUCAAAAUGUAGAAAAUCAAAUUACAUCGCUCCAGCAAUGAAGACAAACCCACUAUUUUGGUAACAAAGCUGUGCACAAGAAUGAAAAUGUAACUUUUUUUAUUCGUCGCUUUGAUUUCUGGACACGUUUUUUUCUAGAAUGAUGCUUGGACUCUUUUUCCACAAAAUGUGAUCAAGAACAAAGACAUUUGUUUUGAUAUUUUUUUGCACCUCAUAUUUGCACGAAUGAAGAAAACCCAUUAAGCCAUUUAUAUUGUCCAGACUUUUGGAUGAUUUCCUUCCACUGUGUACAAGCCAGGCCUGAAAAAACCUGCAGAAAUAUAAAUGUGUUUACAGAGCACUAUGUAAAUCAAAUGCAGCGAAAUUAGGCCUAAUUGGUCUAAUAUUUCAUCGAAGGACAAAACAUUUUUUGAACAUCGUGAAGCUAAGCAGCAUUAGAGCAGAAAGGAGAGGAACUACAAACGUUUGGUGCAGAUCAUCAAUGAUCUGCAGGACCCAGGACUUUACCCUCACUGUCAAAGAAUGGAUAAGGUGGAGCAGAUCCUGUCAGAGUUCAGGCUGAAUGAAGAAGAGCUCGAAGAAGUCAUGAGGAGGAUGCAGCAUGAAAUGAGCAGAGGGCUGCGUUUAGAGACGCACGAAGAGGCCAGCAUCAAAAUGCUCCCGACGUAUGUCUGCUCCACCCCUGAGGGCUCAGAGGUGGGGGAUUUCUUGGCUCUGGACCUCGGGGGGACAAACUUCCGUGUGAUGCUUGUAAAAGUGGGUGAAGAUGAGGAAGGGAUCUUCAAGGUGGAAACUAAACAMCAGAUGUACUCUAUUCCUGAGGACGCCAUGACGGGGACUGCUAAAAUGCUCUUUGAUUACAUAGCAGAGUGCAUGUCUGAUUUUUUGGACAAACACCACAUCAAGCACAAGAAGCUUCCACUGGGGUUCACCUUCUCUUUUCCAGUCCGUCACGAGGACCUUGAUAAGGGAAUCUUGAUUAACUGGACCAAAGGCUUUAAAGCGUCUGGAGCAGAAGGAAACAACGUCGUGGGUCUGCUCAGAGAUGCAAUCAAGAGACGAGGGGAGUUUGAGAUGGACGUGGUCGCCAUGGUGAAUGACACAGUAGCCACCAUGAUUUCCUGUUACUACGAGGACCGCAGCUGUGAAGUUGGGAUGAUCGUCGGCACGGGCUGUAACGUGUGCUACAUGGAGGAGAUGAGGACCGUGGAGCUGGUGGAGGGGGAGGAGGGCCGGAUGUGUGUGAACACAGAGUGGGGGGCGUUUGGAGACAACGGCGAGCUGGAGGACUUCAGACUGGAGUACGACAGAGUGGUGGACGAGGCCUCGAUCAACCCCGGCCGGCAGCUAUACGAGAAACUGAUCAGYGGGAAGUACAUGGGGGAGCUGGUGAGGCUCGUCCUGAUGAAGCUGGUGAAUGAAAACCUGCUGUUCAACGGUGAAGCCUCGGAGCUGCUGAAGACCCGCGGCAGCUUCGAAACACGCUUCGUCUCGCAGGCGGAAAG